CAUCUAUAUUCUUUCUUUUACACUCAAUGAGAUAUAAACACAGUUUAUAAUCUUGUUUUAUGUCUGCCAAAGCUCUGGAGUUUGAAGGAGCCAAAAUGGUAGUAAGUGCAGCAGCAGCAAUGAUGAUAUCUUCUUCUACUUCUACAAGAAUUCAUCAAUGCACAAUGCAAAGCAAGAUCUGUUUGUCUACGUCGUUGCAUGGAAUGGUGAGGGUUUUCGACGUGAAGCCCAAUAAAUCAUCACCACUCUACAAGGGAGUUCAUGUCAAUGGAGAUUCUCAGGGUGGUGUGAAGAUCAAUGGAAGUUCUACUCAUAAUAAUAAUAAUGUUGGGAUGAAUGAUGAUUUUGUUGAAGAAGAAAAUAGAAAACAUUUGAGUCCAGAUUGGAUGGGGAGAUAUGUGGAAGACAGCAUGGUGUUCAGGCAGAGUUUUGCAAUAAGGUCAAAUGAGGUUGGCCCUGAUAAAACAGCCUCUAUUGAAACCUUGAUUAACCAUCUUCAGGAAACGGUUCUCAAUAGCGUUUGGCUUUCUGGACCAGUCGGAGAUGGGUUUACUUGUACUCAUGAGAUGAGUCGAAGAAAUCUUAUAUGGGUUGCUGUCUAUAAUCAAGUUCAAGUGGAAAGUUAUCCUUCAUGGGGUGAUAUUGUGGAGAUAGAUGCAUGGGUGAAUCCAUUCGGUAAAAAUAGAAUACAAUGGAGUUGGAUUGUCCGUGAUAUAAAAACAAAUGUUGUCCUAGCACAAGCAAUUAGCCUUUGGACGGUAAUGAAUACAAAGACAAGAAAACUUUCAAAGAUUCCAAAUGAAGUAAGAGAAGAACUGCAACCUUAUUUCAAUGAUAAAAAAAUUAUUGAAGAAGAAGUGACUCAAAAAUCAAACAAGUUUGAGGAUAGCACUCCUCCAUAUGUACGCUCAGAUUUAACACCACAUUGGAGCGAUUUAGAUGCAAAUCAACAUGUCAACAACAUCAAAUACAUUAGUUGGAUUUUUGAGAGUAUGCCCAUCUCUAUUCUACAAAAUAAUGAAAUUGCCAAUAUAACUCUUGAGUAUAAGCGUGAAUGCAUGCUAUCACAUACUCUUCAAUCAUUAUCAAGUCCACAAGGUUGUAAUAAGAUGGAUUCUAUCUAGGCUACAUCUGCAAAUGAGCCUCCAAACACUUGUGAAUCCUCUCCUUCAUUACAAUUUAUGCACUUUCUUCGGAUGCAAGAUAGUGGAUUAGAAGUUCUUAGGGCAAAGACAAAAUGGAGGCCCAAGAGAAAUAAGAAGGCCUACACCAAUUAAGGUAUUGAUAUAAAAAUAUCAUAUUUCCUAUAACCUAUAGGUUAUAAUAAUAAAAUAAAUGUAAAGAAGAACUAUUGAAUAUUAUAUUAUAUAAAUACUAUGUUUGUGUUAUUA